ACUUCCUCUCUCAGUGGUAUCUGUCAAAUAAUUUAUUUUACCUUAUAAAUUCUUAUGAGAAAAUGUUAUCUUUUUAUUGUGUGUUCAACUGGACCCCAAAUCUGGGAGUAAAUCCCAGAAUAUUAAUUUCUGGUGAUAGAUUUAGCAAUAGCAGUGUCCUGGGGUGACGUUAUGAUGCUUGUAUCCCCAUUCAUCUGUUCUGUGCCUUUAAGACCGGCUCUGAAGAGUGGAAGUUUUUUUUGGGUUUCUCUUAUCAGGGACACAGAGACAGGCAGUACAUAGGGCUGUUUUCACUUCUUGCUUUCAGCUUGCUGCUUUGCUUGCUCUCUUUUCUGCUCUCGCUUCUGCUCUGCUUUGGCCUCUGCUUAUUAGUUAGUUUAGCUAAACAGUCCACAUUCCUUCCUGGACUGUUUCUCCUCUCCUGUUUCUGUGACCAUCUUGAACCUGCUCCGGACUAGGACUCGGGAACACCGAAGGUUUGGCUGCAGCAGCUGCCCCAGUGCCGGAGGGACUGAGAACAGAGCAACCACCCCCGAAAGAGACUUUCUGAUUUCGUCAUCUUUCUCAGAGCGCUGUCAUUGGUUCUCAUACAGCUUUUCUGCCUUCGCCGCAACUUUGUAGUGCUGCAGAAACUGGACAUUAGAACACAAGAAAGCAGCAAGCAGUCUGGCGCCCAAGACAUCUGGCUAAGAAGUUGAUUUGUCUUUCACUGCUAGAAGCUGCUGUAAUUCUACCUGCACUGCUAGCACUGGGCUUCCUUCUGAGCUAAUAGGAAGACUACAAGUCUUGCACAUGAUUAGAUACUAUCUGGAAUGGGAGGAGUUGUGUGGCCUUUGGGGCUCCAGCUGUGCAUUGCUGCUGCGCUGCUCUUUGGUGGAGGAAGAGGGAGAGAGCUCUCUGGCAGCCUGAGCUGCCUGAAUAACUACAUGACUACCGUGAGUUGCAUGUGGGUAACGGAGAAGCCCAUGGGCAAUGGACCUUUCCACCUGCAUUUCACCAACCUCUGGUCAAAGGGCCACAACGCCAGCUGCAAACUGACUGCCACAGAGAGCAUGCAGAAUAAGUACCACUGCACAAUUCAUUUAGCCAGCCAGAUCUUGGAAACAGAUGGUUAUAGAGUCUCUCUCCAGGGAAACUUCUUUGGAUGUAAUCAGACAUACAUGGCCUUUCUAGAGUACAAUCCCCGCAAGCACAUAAAACUUGAUCCACCUUUGAACAUCCAGAGCAAUGCCACUGCCAGGAAGUGCCAGAUAUGGUGGAGUGUGUGGAAUGUGCCUUGGUACCUCACUGAAAUUCUCCAAUAUGAGUUGCAGUAUAAGGAGUACAGCAUGUCCUGGGAGGUUGCAAUGAACAAGACACUGCCCAGUUCACUGCCACAAGUAGAAAUUGAAGCCAGAGAGCUUCGCAGUGGCAUUGCUUAUGCUGCAAGAGUUCGCUGCAAAGUUUCUGAAAAUGAGAAUUCAUACCACAGUCAAUGGAGUGAGUGGAGCCAGACAACAGUGUUUAAAAAAGCAGAUGUCCCCAAAGUCUCUGAAAAGAUUCUAAAUAUCAAAACUAUGCAGUACUUGUUCAUUCCUCUGAGUUUUGGCACUCUACUCUAUUUAUUCUGGAACUGCAAGCUUUCCUCAAGGGCAAAAAGCCUCGCCUGCUUUAACAUUCCCACGCCAGCUGCUUUCUUUCAGCCACUCUAUAGUUUGCACAAUGGGAAUUUUAAGGACUGGGUUGGACUGAAUGAGGCUUGUAGCCAGCUUGAAAGAGAAGAGGCCAGCAACUCAAGAAAAGUGAAUGCAGAUAGAGUUUCUGAUCUAAACACCCAAGAACUGAUUUCCCAGAUCUCAUUGAAACCUACAGGAAGCACAGAUGUGGUUACUGCAGAAGAAAACUUUGCAUUUGUCUCAGGUCCAAGCCAGCAGUAUGUCCCCAGCAGGUACAUAAGAGCAGAAGAGAUAGAGAUGUGGCCAGGACUAUUGUUUGCACCAAACCAUGCUGAUGAUACCGUUGGCCCAAAAUUCUCUGAAAUAAUUAAAGACAACCUUGAGAGCCCUAGUGUUGGAAGGAAUUAUCCCUCUCACUCACAGCAUGGAAAAGGUGACUUUCUUAUGCUUGGAGAAUCUUUGGGGAAAAAAGAUAUGUCCUUCAGUGGUAGUGACUAUUGUACUUUGUGUGACAAUGAUACCACAGGAGGUUUGAUUUCCGCUGAACUACUGAAGCUUUCUAAUCACAAUAGUCAUGUUAAACAUCAGAAAGACCAGUGACCUUCUCUGAGGAAUACUGCCUACAAAGUUCCUUGUGCUCUCCUAUCACCUCCCAAGCAGCACGAAUGGGGACUUGUCUGCAAAGUGCAGACAUUUUCAAACAUGUAUCAUUUUAAAACACAUCCUCAAUUUCUGUACUUCAGAAGAAGAUUGUGACUAAGUCCCAUGUCCAGCAAAUACUACCCCUACAGGCAUUCCCUAAAUUAAUCUCCUGGCUGCAAGAUCCAUUAACCCUCUUGUCUAAGAAGGCAGCAGCAGACCUGCUGUUUUCCUCAGGAAGAACUAUUAUAGUUGUGUGCCUCGUGGAACCAGCAGUAUUUUCAAUAUGAUAAACCAUGAUUUAAAUUCCAUCAUUUUGUAAAAAAUAUGCAUGAUUUUUCACAAAAUCGUGAGAAACUAUUUUUGCUUAAGAAAGUAAUUCUGCUUCUUAAUAUGAUAUUGAUGAAUUAAAGGGAUUCCUGAUUUGAUCAGAAUUUGUAAUUGCUCUGUUUAGAGAUAAUCAAACAGUAGGCCUUGUUCUUUAUUAUCUUGAAUGGCUGUAACUUUUUAUUUUGCAAUAAAUAAGCCUCAUGUA